AUGGCACCCAGCGCCAUACGACUAGAGUCUCCGCCGGCUCAAACUCAUCCACUUAAGCAGUCAACGCCACAAGGAGCUGCCUCUAUCGAGGCACACACUCCGGUCAACAGCCAUAUUUCACUCAGCUCUCGUCCCACUAACAGCAAUGGCCAUGCCAAUGGCAGCAACGGUACACACAACGGUAUUGGUCACCCCCAGCAGCAGUCUGGUCGGGGUUUCGUUUCAUCACAGUCUCUUCUUGAGCAGUCAGCGAGAUCAGCAUCUGGAGGCCAAGCUUCGGUUGGAUCUUCGAAACAGCCAAAUAUUCUGUACAUCAUGGCUGAUCAGAUGUCUGCGCCUCUUCUAAAAAUGAACAAUCCAGAAUCCGUCAUCAAAACGCCCAACCUUGACAAGCUUGCGGAGACUGGUGUUGUGUUCUCUAGCGCCUACUGCAAUUCCCCUCUGUGUGCGCCUUCAAGGUUCACCAUGUGCACAGGGCAGCUUCCAUCCAAGAUUGGCGGCUACGACAACGCGUCCAUACUUGCGCCUGAAGUUCCUACCUAUGCACACUACCUCAGAGCCGAGGGAUAUGAGACCGCCCUUGCUGGCAAGAUGCACUUCAUUGGCCCCGAUCAACUCCACGGAUUCGAACACAGGCUCACGACGGAUAUCUACCCCGCUGAUCUUGGAUGGUCAGUGAACUGGGAUAAGCCUGAGGAGCGACAAGAGUGGUUCCACAACAUGUCUUCGGUCUUACAAGCUGGCCCUACCGUGCGAACCAACCAGCUGGACUACGACGAAGAAGUCAUGUACAAGGCUUCUCAAUACCUACAUGAGUAUGUUCGUAAGCCAUCAGAGACUCGUCGUCCUUUCGCUCUCACUGUCUCGUUAACACACCCCCACGACCCUUACGCCAUGCUUCGAGAAUACUGGGAUCUAUACGAAGAUGUUGAGAUUCCACUUCCCGAGUCAGAGAUUCCUCAAGACGAACAGGACCCUCAUUCUCAACGUAUCAUGAAGUGCAUCGACCUCUGGAACAAUCCUGUCCCCGAUGAGGCGAAACUACGCGCUCGCCGUGCCUACUUCGCUGAAUGCAGUUUCGUCGACGAUCAGGUUGGGAAGCUUAUGAAAAUCCUCAAGAACUCUUUUCUUGACCAGGACACGAUCAUUGUGUUCUCAGGCGAUCAUGGCGACAUGCUCGGCGACCGUGGUCUUUGGUACAAGAUGUCAUGGUUCGAGAACAGCGCGCGCGUGCCAAUGAUCAUCAACUACCCCUCCAAAUUCGAGCCGAAGCGUGUGACGGAGUCGGUGUCUACCAUGGAUCUCCUUCCAACCUUCGUAGACCUUGCAGGAGGAGAUGCGUCAGCCAUUCUACCCAUCGACGGUGUCAGCCUUCACGACUAUCUUGUUUCAGACAAGCCUGGCAAGGACGAGGUCUUUGGUGAAUACAUGGGCGAGGGUACUGUCACCCCUACCUACAUGAUCCGUCGUCACCAAUGGAAGUACACCUGCUCCCUGAUCGACCCGCCGCAGUUGUUCGAUCUGGUCAAUGAUCCCAAAGAGCUCAACAACCUUGCCUUCUCGGACAAGCCUCAGCAUCAAGAGGUGCUUCAACAGUUUGAUGCCGAAGCCCGUGCUAAGUGGGACUUCGCGCAGAUUCACAAGGACGCGCUGAAGAGCCAACGCCAGCGCCGGACGUGCUGGAAGGCCUUGCAGCUUGGUCGCAGGGAACACUGGGAUUACGAGCCACCUGCGGCUGGCAGAGACAGGUUCAUCCGCUCUCACAUCCCACUGGACGAUCUUGAACUUCGGGCUAGGUUCCCUGUUGUCGACCAGUAUGGUCGCGAGGAAUCGGCUACCGCGUCACAUCACGGUCUUGCUGGCGCCUGUGGCGAGUAG